AUGUCGGGGGCAAGCAAAAAAGGCAUACAGGAUGCCCCCCCUGCAUUGGAUUCUGUUGAUGGCGCAUCUCAUGCAACUGAAGCCCGUAGGAUGGAGGCUCAAAGCAGUGAACCGUUAGUUGGGUACAAGCACCAGAGGAGUAAGGCAAUUAUCUGCCGAGGGAAGCGCCCUGAUGAUAUUGUGAGCAAUGAGAGUCUUCCCGGAGAUGCUGAAAAUGUGAGUGACAAAAGCGGUGGUGUGGAUAAGCCACCAAAUCCAAAGCGGCAGAAAACCGGAGGAAACGAGGGUCGUAGGAAUAGGGCAUCGCCUGCAAGGCUGUUCAAAUUGAAUAAAGAGUUGGUUUCUAAUCAAAAAGGUGUUAUUAUUGGAAAAGAGUUUGGAGGCCUGCUGGACCUUGCAGCGAACAGCAUGCCUGGCGAUCUUAGUCAAUGGAUAAUGAAGCAUUAUGAUCCAGAGAUGUCACAGAUAGUUAUUCCAGAGAGGGGGAAGAUUCCAGUAGAUGCUGCGAGUGUUCGGAGGAUAUGGGGUUUGCCAAAUAGGGGGAGAAAAGUCUGUUACGAAAACCGCCCUGAGAUCACAAAGGCAAUGUUCAGGAUUUACAAUAUCACUUCAAAGAAUUCACCAUCUCUCACAGCAUGGUGCAAGAUGAUCAAAGAUAUGGCAGGAGCUCACGAUGACGACUUCCUACGCGCAUGGUUGUCUCUUGUCUUCUCUUGCUUCCUUGCACCAUCUACAAGUUUAAGCAUUUCACCAAAAAGCUUCCCUGCGGUCAUGGAUGUAAAUGGAAUAACUGAAACCAACAUAUGCCAGUUUGUGGUUGAUCAACUAAAGCUAGCAUUCAAAUCAGGUCGUGCCAAGAAGGCCGUUUGUUGCUGUGUUUUCCACCUCGUAUUGCUGUAUCUAGACUCUUUGGAUGUUGAUGAACCAAUUCCCAGCUUGGUACCAAGGGUUUCAGUUUGGAAUUCAGAUUUGAUGGCAAGAGUUAUCAAGAAGGACAGGAAAGCUCCCGGGGAAUAUGGGAAACUGCGGAAACAAAAGAAGCUGACACGUAUGGUGCACGAAAUGUGUUCAACUAUUUCACAUGCAGUUGGGAAGCUUGUUUCUGGUAUUGGGGGGAUAGAUGAUGCGCAAGAGGGGACAAGCAGAUCAGAGGCUGUUCAUGUGGAAAAGAGGAGGCAAGAACCUACUAGGAGAUCCAAACAAGCUCCAGCUGUGAGAGAAAGCUUAUCGAGUGAAGAAGACUCGUUCAAAACUGACAGUGAGGAAGAUGCAAGUGGCAGUGACGAAAGUGACUGGGACAGAGGGGGUGAUGAAAGUGACAACGACGGCCACUCAAGCAAUGAUGAUGGUGACGACUUUGUAGUUCAAAAAGCUGGAUGCAACGACAACGAGGAGGGAGAAGCAACUUUUCAGGAGAGGGGAGCAGUAAUGGAUGAAAGCAAGGAGGAUAAGGAGGACGAAGAGGAGGAGGAAGAAAAAAAAGAUGAGGAUGAAGAAAAGGAAGACGAUGAUGAUGAAGAAAGCGAAGACAAUGACAACGACAAUGACAAAGACACGGGGGACGAUGAUAUGCAGGGUGAUGAGGAAGACCAGGAUGACAACAAUUCUGGUGGCAACAGUGGCAAUGGCGGAAACAAUGGAGGGAACGAGGAUUCUGCAGGUGAGGAAACAGAGACUGAUGACGAGCAAUCCACACUUCAAUAUUUACUCGAAGAGAAAAAGGAUAUGAAGCCAAAGGGGCUUGACGAGGCAGUUAGCAUCUCUGUGAGAGAUGUUGUUAUGAUGGACGAGGAAAGUUACUGCAAAAUGCCACGCAUCCGCAUGUUUGAAGUGAAAGAAAUGUUGGAUCUCGACGAGCAGCCUAUUGCAGUGCUAGCGAGCAAAAUGUUCCAAGAGCUAUUGAGAAAAGAAGAAAUGGAACUGGGGAUGGCAUUCAAUCUUGAGGAUGUCUGCCCCAAGUGGAUUCGCAAGAAAAUCAUGAGGGAGAUAGGGGCUCCACAUGAACCCAAGGAAGUUGGUGUACCACCACUUCCAACACCAAAGAAGAAAAAGAGUGUGAGUUUCGUAUCAGAGCCAACGGUGUUGACAGAGACAGUGGAGGAACUGCGAGCUAUGCGUGCCCAAAAUGUUCAAGAACUGCAAGGUGGAAAGGAAACAAAGUCAGCCAUGAAGAAAUCUGGGCCUUUUCAGUUGCAACAUCAGGCAUUACAUCAUGCAAAAGAGGCAAGUUCUAGCACUCACAAGAACCAGCUUGAAACCAAUACAGCAUCAAGCUCAACAGCACGACAUGCAGAUCUCACCAGUGGCAAAGAUACAAAUGUUGCAGUUUCACCAGGGACUGUUUCAAAACAAGAACCAAGUGCCUCACAAAUUCUAGCAAGUCAUCCUAGGGAGGAAGCAAGUUCAUCUGAUUUUCAGGCAAGUAUUGCACAUGCAUCAAUUCAACCCACAGCAGGAGGAGCAACUCAAAUGAAACAGGAUGCAUCAUUGCAAGUAAGCAGAGCAGUCCCUAGUACAAACCGUAGUGGGAGGCAACCACUAAGCAGUCUAAAUGGUCAAGCACAAAAUCUUGUUCUAGGGAAUGGGAUGCAAUCAGCCAAUGACAUCCAGAGGGGCAAAUUGUUUCAUUACAAAGCAUCACAACAGGCUGUACCAUUAUAUGCAGGUCAGGAGAACAUACCUCCAGUGUCAAUCACAGGGGUUGGAGGGAUGGAAGAUGUCAUCGGCGGCAACAUUAAACCAAGUUCGGAAGCAAAGUUGCUAAAAGUUCAGGGCAAGUUGCCUGCUUUUAUUCCUACAGUUGCCCAAUCACCUCCCCAUCCGCAGCUGAAGGAUAUCAAAUUUAGUUAUGCUAACAAGGCGGUCAGUCCACUGGAAAUAAAUGUGCUAGAUGUCAGUGAGCUCUUGGCAAGGUGCGUUCCCCCAUCUACCAACGAUCUGCAAAGCAAGUCAGCAAUUCAUAUUCCAGCAGAGAUGGAUGGACAACAGUUUCAGCAUAGCAGAAGUGAAAGCUCAAAUGUCUUUGUUAGUGAAUACUGCCCAGCUCCAAGUUUUGAUAUUUUCAAAUACGAUUUUCCUACAGCACAUGUAGAUGAUGGAGCAGAUCGAGAUGCCAGAGAAAAUGCAUUGGCUGACCAUGAGUCAUCGCAGUGCCAAGUAACCAAGGAGCCAGUCAUUGAAAUUAUUGAAGAUGAAAAAGUUGGUAAUCUCGAAGGCAUAGAUGAAGGGUAUGCACAUGCAGAAGAACAGGCUAUGAAGUGUGAGCAUGAGUCCCUGCAGUAUCAAGUACCCAAGGAGCCACUCAUUGAAAUAAUUGAUGACGAUCAUGUUGUGGAUCUUGAAGGCAUAGUUGGGAACAUUUACCAGACACCUGAAAAAGUUACCCACAACCAAGUAGUAGUGGGAUCAGGCAGUAAUAUUUAUAGCAGCAGCAGCUCAGGAAAGAUGGUCCCACAACAAUUUGAGAGAAGGAUUAUCAAGCCACCUCCUUGCAAGAGGUCACCAUUCUUGGACUAUAAUGAGAGGAAAGUGUACAUAUGCAAACCUGAAGUAAGCAGGCUGUAUGCAUCGGUUAUUCUGCACGGGAGAUUGAAUGAAGAAGAAUCACCAGAUGUAGAUACUAGCCCGAAGGUAAUUGACUACAAUGGAUAUGAUGUGUCGGUGAGGGAGCUUGCAAACUCUAUGAAAAAAGAAGGAUAUGUCUUGACACAUGUAAUGGAAAUUGGCAUACUGUCCAUAAUGAUGAAUUUGCCUGCAGACUCCAAGAAGGUUGUCAUGCCCCUGAGGUUCUCGACAAGGAUGCUGCAGAUGACUUUCCUCUCCAAUGAUAUCAACAGCCAAGAGAUUAUUUCCCGAUUCAAGAAAUCAAAUCACCUGGACCGGAAAGACAUGAUAAUGUUUAUUGUGUUAGAGAAUAUCGACAAGUCAAAGAAGGUUUCAGGCAACCAUUAUUGGGUCUUCAACGUGAAUAUAAGGGAUCGAAGGUUCGAGGUGCUUGAUUCAUGGAGGACACUUCAGGACAAGACUCUAGAUGUCUGCGCAAGGACUAUGGUUGCUAGUUUUCGGGCUCUGUGGGAAGAGCACUAUCCGAAGUCUCACAUCUCAUUAGAUGACUUCACACUAAGAAACAUUGAUGUGCCAAAACAAACUAACAAAUAUGACUGCGGCAUUUUUGCUCUCUCAAUUGCAAAUGGGUGGGAAGGAAGGAACGUUCCAAGAUUUACAGCAGAGGAUGUUCAAAAUAUCAGGAAGCAGUUGACAAACACGUGGGUUAACACCGAACGCAACAAGGCUCCAUGGGAAGCUGUAUUGAAGUUAGCUUAG